UCUUGCUUCAGUCUGAGGGACAGAGAGAAACAGGCAGACAGAGAACAGUGUUGAAGAUUACCGGAGUGUGAGAACAGGCUCUUACUGUGAUUGGGAGAUGGAUUUAACCGAGAAAGAAAGUGGCGUCUCUCAACCUCAGAGUGCCUGUAAGCAAGCACACUUCUUAAGGGACGUGCUCUUUCAUGGCAAAUUUCAGCUCCUGAAGUCUCUCACUCCUGAGGAGAACACUCAAUGCCGGCAGGGUCUGUUCUACCAGGACGGCCGGAGACGGGUGGACUAUAUCCUCACCUACCACAUCAAGAAGAGCAGCCGCGCCGGGGGGUCCCGGCUCCGAGACAACGCCUUCACACGCACCCUGAGACGGGGCCGGCCCGGCCCUCCAGCCGACGCCGAGCGGGGCGCCGACCCCAGCGCAGAGCACCACGAGCACCAGGACCGGGACAAGGCCCUGCGCCGGGCCGAGUUCGAGAGCAGCCUGCUGGAGAUGGGGCUGGAGCUGGAGCGAGACGAGGAGACCAAGACACCUGGAGUGGGCUUUGUGAAGAUUCAUGCUCCGUGGAACGUGCUCUGUCGCGAGGCUGAGUUCAUGAAACUGAAGAUGCCUACUAAAAAAGUGUAUGAAGUCAAACACAGCAGCGGCGUAAUGGAAAAGAUCAACACGUUCAUCAGCAAACUCACAGAUCCCCUUCAUCCCAACCUAGAAGAGAACCGGACGCAGAAAGUGAAGCACCUCUCGUACCCGUUCUCCAGAGAAAAGCAGCAUCUGUUUGAUUUAUCCGACAGAGAUUCCUUUUUCGACAGUAAAACAAGAGGCUCAUUAGUAUGUGAAGUUUUGAAGCGAACCAAGUGCACAAAAGCCAAAUUCAGCAUGGGAAUCACCAGCCUGCUUGGCAGCGGCGUAUAUCUGGCUGCUUAUCCACUGCAUGAUGGUGAUGUUGAAGGGGAGAACGCUGAGCCUAAUGACCGGAAGCUGCUGUAUGAAGAGUGGGCGAGCUACAGCGUCUUCUACAAGUACCAGCCCAUCAGCUUGAUCCGGAAGUACUUCGGGGAGAAGAUCGGCCUCUACUUUGCUUGGCUUGGGGUUUAUACCCAGAUGCUGAUCCCUGCUUCUUUAGUGGGCGUCAUUGUGUUCCUCUAUGGAUGCGUUACUGUUGAUGACGACAUUCCCAGUAUGGAGAUCUGUGACCAGCGGAGGAACAUCACCAUGUGUCCGCUGUGUGACCGCGUGUGCAGCUACUGGAACCUGAGCACGGCGUGUGGGACGGCCCGUGCCAGCCACCUGUUCGACAACCCCGCCACCGUCUUCUUCUCCAUCUUCAUGGCACUGUGGGCGGCGUUCUUCAUGGAGCACUGGAAGAGGAGACAGAUGCGGCUCAACUAUGAGUGGGAUCUCACAGGCUUCGAGGACGAGGAGGAUCACCCGCGAGCCGAAUAUGAAUUCAGAGUCAUGCAGAAAUCUCUGAGGACAGACCACAAAUCCCAGAAGCCAGAGAAAGAGAAGCUGACAUGUAAAGACCGAUUCCCUGCGUACAUGACAAACCUCAUCAUGAUGCUUUUAAUGAUCGGUGUGACGUUUGCUAUUGUGUUUGGUGUGAUUUUAUACCGGAUCUCCACCAAGGCCGCUCUCGCCAUGAGCUCGAACCCCAUGACCCGCUCCAACGUCAGGCUGACGGUUAAAACCACCGCGGCCAUCAUCAACCUGGUGGUGAUCCUCAUCCUGGAUGAAGUGUACGGGGCCGUGGCGCGCUGGCUCACUGUCCUCGAGGUUCCUAAAACAGACAAGAGCUUUGAAGAAAGGUUGAUCUUCAAAACCUUCAUCCUGAAGUUUGUGAAUGCGUUCACUCCCAUCAUAUACAUCGCAUUUUUCAGAGGCAGGCUCGGUGGGCGUCCAGGCAGUUAUCUCUACGUGUUCGAGUCCUAUCGCAUGGAGGAGUGCGCUCACGGCGGAUGCCUCAUGGAGCUCUGCAUUCAGCUCAGCAUCACAAUGCUCGGGAAACAGCUCAUCCAGAACAACCUGUUUGAGAUCGGCGUCCCUAAACUGAAGAAGCUGAUCAGAUACAUUAAAUCCAAGAGACGCUCUUUCCAGGAAGAGGAAUAUGAGAAGAAGUUACAGCGUUAUGAGACGGAUCAUUUCCUGGAGCCCUUCGCUGGCCUCACGCCCGAGUACAUGGAGAUGAUAAUCCAGUUUGGCUUUGUGACUCUGUUUGUGGCAUCUUUCCCGCUGGCGCCUCUGUUUGCCCUCCUCAACAACAUCAUUGAAAUACGUCUGGAUGCCAAGAAGUUUGUGGCAGAACUCAGAAGACCAGAUGCAGCCAGAGGCAAAGACAUCGGAAUCUGGUAUAAUAUUCUCAGAGGAGUCGCAAAAGUGGCAGUUAUUGUCAAUGCAUUUGUGAUCUCCUUCACUUCAGACUUCAUUCCCAGGCUGGUCUAUCAGUACAUGUACAGCCAGGACGGCUCGAUGCACGGCUUUGUCAACCACACAUUGUCUUACUUUAAUGUCAGUCACUUCCAGAACGGCACUGCGCCAGUGGAGCCGUUCCACCUGGGCUUCCGUGUGGACAUCUGCAGGUAUAAAGACUACAGAGAGCCUCCGUGGUCUCCGACGCCAUACGAGAUCUCGAAGGAGUUCUGGGCUGUGUUGGCCGCCAGACUAGCAUUUGUCAUUGUCUUUCAGAAUGUGGUGAUGUUGAUGAGUGAUGUUGUGGACUGGAUAAUCCCAGAUAUCCCCAAAGACAUCAGUUUACAGAUCCAUAAGGAGAAGAUCCUCAUGAUGGAUCUGUUCAUGAAAGAGGAGCAGGGAAAGACACGGACCGAGGACAGCGUGACGAGUAAGGAGAUGCGUCACGGUCCUCUAGCGCGCUCGCGCUCCAUAUCGCACACACCCUGCCAAACCUACUGACGUCAGCAGAGUUUCUGUCCUUACAUUCCUCUGACGAAGACGUGCCGCUGGGUCUAAAGUAAAGCCUCUCGCCAGUGCACACUGCCUUUGCCUUCAUAUUGUACACUUCUUCACACUGAUGUAUGUGCUCAACGCUUAUUUUGAUCAUAUUCAUUUCCCUCAGUUGUUCUCUUUCAAAAGAUGUGCCACAGCCACCAAGAACUUUACAAAUGACAAAAAUCCAGCUAACAAAAUAUGUUCUAAGAACGUUUUGCUAACGUUCCCAUUAGGCUAUGAAAACGUUAUUUCGGUAUGUUCUCUCAACAUUCGAAACGUACAGUUUUUUUUUAUGUUUCAAAAACGUCUUUCUUGGUUAUGUGAAUGUUAAGGAAACAUUCCAUUGUAUCAUUCUGCAAACAUUAUGGCAACGUUACUUUUGAAUGUUCUC